GUCCGCCUGUCCCCGCUCCUCUUUCGGCUGCAGAAGCUCCGGGAGUGACAGCGGUGACCUUAGCGCAAAACGGGGGAGUCACGAAGCACACGCCCCUCGCCGCUGAUUGGUGCAGAGGGAGUAAGAGCUUGCAUCUGAUUGGAUUCUAACUGGACGACUGACAGCGGGAUUCUACUCACAACCAUGAUGGAUUAUAAGGGCAUUCUCUCUGCUUAAAAAGUGAGCAGACUGUGUGGGGGAUCACACAUCUCAUUGGACCGGACACAUCACAGGUGGUCACUGCAAACAUGUGGGGCCAUGGUUCAGAACUGACUCUCCUCGUGAUGUACACCAUGUUAUGCUUCUUGAUAUAUGGUCCAGAUGUCACUAUGGCCACCUCUGAAUCUCAACAACAGGCCUAUUCUUCCAUAAUGAAUGGCAUCACAGAGGUGAAUUUCGAAGGCUCCUCAGUCCCUGGAAUAUUCAUUUUAAGUGGGGACCAUUCGUUUCCCCUGGUGACAAACAGUGAAGGCAAAGUCCAGGCUGCUGCUUCAUUGUACGGCGAGGGGCGCUUGGUCGCUUUGUGUCACGAAACCUUCCUGACAACCUUACCCAAUCUGGUGGAAAACUCCUUGAACUGGCUGAGGGGAGACUCGAACAACAUGAGUAUAGGAGUACAUGAGAGUGUCAGAGGAGUAGCCGACAGUCCCUUCAAGACAAACUUUCAAAUCAGAGUUAUGCAGAAGUUUAGUGGUGACCAAGGAAUCAAGGUGUUUGUAACAGAUGCCUUCAGUGUGGAGGGAAGUGAGAAAGAGAUAAUAGCGUUUAUGAAAGCUGGAGGAGGGGUGCUGAUAGCGGCACAGGCUUGGCACUGGGCUUAUCGACACCCAGGUGGCAAUGCUCUACUCGAAUACUGGGGCAACAAAGUCUCCUCAGUGGCUGGUGUGUACUUCUUUCCAGAGUCUGGAGAAAGAAAGAGAAUUAGCAUCGAACCACGAAUCCCAUCCUGGAAGAAUGUUGAGGUCAGUGACAGUUUUACAAAGGACCGGAAGAAUCUGCUUAACGGCGUGUCUGAAUUGAGUUUCGGUAAGACUUCUUUGGGCUCUGAAAUCCUGGUGCAUGGCCCUCUGUCUUUCCCCAUUGCCUGGGACAACAGUCAAGUCUUUCUGGCUGGAGGCUACUACGGCAAAGGCAGAAUCAUCGCAACUGCACAUGAGAACCUACUGGUCACUAAUGAAAAGUUUUGGGAUAAUGCUCUUCACUGGCUGGAUCAGGGUCGAAUGGGGGUGAUUGGUGUGGACGAUUAUCACACGCUCCCUCCUCUCCUAAACUCUGGGCUGAAUAUUGAGGUGACAGAGUUCAGGCCUGGGCUCAGUGUGUACUUGGCCACGACCUGGAAGGACACCUACAUCAGGGAAAUGUUGGAGUUUGUGGCAGAGGGAGGAGGGCUGGUGGUCGGAGGACAAGCCUGGACUUUCAUUCAACGAAGCGACUUAAACUAUCUGACGAACUGCCCCGGAAACAAAAUACUCAACCCAAUGGGACUAACUCAGUUGUCAACAAAAGUGAGUGGAGGCAUCUACAAAGCUCCUGACCCCAGUGCGCCUGUGAAAGAUCAUCACUUCAGUCAUCUCCUGAAGCUUUUUGUUGGUUAUAUGCUGGAGGACAAAGCUCUGACUCCAGAAGACGAGCAGACACUAUCAGCCCGGACACUCCACAUAUCCUCCUUCCUGCAGAUCCAUAAUCACCAGAGUUAUUUCUAUCAGCAGACAGUGUCCAAACUUGUGGACAUUUUUAAAAAGGCAGGAUUGCCCCAGGCGAGUCGUGAUUCCCCAGCAACCAACACCAGGGACAAGCUCCUCCUGAGCCUGGCAGCAGAGGUGCACAAGGUCUGCCCUGAUCCAGAUGACCUCAAACAAAGUCUCCUCAGACAUACACAGCUGCUCACGGUCCAGGACCUACGGGUGAGAGUGAGUGUUGACACUGGAGAUGGAGAGGAGUGGGUGAGCACUGGGCUCUACCUGCCUCCUGCAUUUAAGAGCAACAUCACCUUCCCAACAGAGAUGGUCAAGAAGGGAUGGAAGGUGCAGAUCAGCUGUCAAAGUGACACACUUUACCAUAAGGACGAUUUGUACAGAGCCCCGGCAGUUACAGAGAGGUUUCCAGUCCUUUCUCAGACGAUGCAGGUGCAGAACUUUUGGGGGGGCCUCAUUUACCUGAUAGCACCUUCCAACACUAAGCUGACUGGAGUGGAUGUCGUAGUUCACCAGGCUGUCCGUGCUCCGUAUUAUAAAUCUGGUUUAAUGCACGCUGGUUACCCUGUGAUGGCGCAAACCCCUAAAGCUGCUGUUGUGACGAGUCUUUCAGAGAUUCAGAAAGAAGGACUUUGGGGUCCCCUCCACGAACUGGGACACAACCAGCAGAGAUGGCAAACGGAGUUUUCCCCUCACACCAACGAGGCCACAUGUAAUCUGUGGUCUGUGUUCAUAACUGAAACUGUGCUCGGGUUUACCAAGGACAUGUACCAGGCGGCUGAACUGACCCAUGAAUAUCGAAAUGGCAUUAUAGAAACUUAUGUGAAUAAUGGCAGAAAACUGGAUGACUGGAACACAUGGCUGGCACUGGAGACUUAUUUACAGCUUCAGGAGAAGUUUGGCUGGGAGCCGUUUAAGAAAGUCUUUGCUGCAUACCACGCCAUGGACGACGCUACAAUCCCCUGGGACAACCCAGGCAAGAUGAACCUGUACACAGUGACCUUCUCUGAGGUGGUGGGCAUGGACCUCACUGGGUUCCUCAAGUCCUGGGGUUGGCCUAUAGAGAGCGCCACGGAGCAGAAACUCUCCAAGCUGCCUGCCUGGACUGACCACCCCAUGGCCAAGUAUAACAAAUAAAAAUAGAUUAUUCACUUCACACAGGUUAAGCAGGUUUUAAAUUUGACAUAUCUGCAGAGAUAUUUUGUGUUUAAUAACUUCAGAGAGAGCUGAUGUUGACUGGAGGUGCUGUUCUUUCUAAAUUUAUGUUACUCAAGUUGGACUUUAAUCUGUUUUAAUACACCCUGACCAUAAUAAAGAACUUACUUAUUUGGAACUACAACAGAUGAGUUGAUUUGUGCUCUUAAACAAGUCCCUCUCAAAUAGAAUUACAGUCACACGCAAACAGUUUUUCAUUUAGUCACUUUAAUUGUUUUUGUAGAAUGUCAAACAU